AUGAAAUUAUUAGUGCUUAAUUUCGUCUCCUUUUUAUUGUUUACCUAUUCCGCAUGCCCUAAAAAUAGUAUUUCUGGCUCGUGUGUUGAUGCUAAUUAUAGCUUAAUGAUAGAUGGGAAGGUCUGUGCAGAAAUUUGUCCUUCUAAAUUCACUCCAGUCUGUACAACAACAGGAACUACUGUUUGCACGGCAUGCAGCCUACCAACUUCUCCAAUUCUAUUCCAACUUGAUUUUUCAGCAGCUCAGGAUUUGACUGCAACUUAUAUCUCAAAUUUGAUUAGUCCUGGACAGCAUUUCAAUACACCUGGAGGAACCCUUUUUGGUUCUAGUUCAAAAAAUGCCCCUCUUCCUACCGUAGAUCGUGGCUUUUAUUUCGAUUCAGCUUCAUCUCUAUCACGUACUCCAGGAUAUAUUGCAGCACUUUAUUUUACAGCAAAUAUAUGGAUUCACCCUUUAAGUUCGGGUCAAAUUUUAACCUUUUAUUAUAAGGACCCCCCCUCAUUUGUCCAAUUUUCUAGUCUUUUUUUUUUAUAAGAAAUUGUUUUUUUCAGGAUCUCAUUUGUCCCAAAAUCUAUCAAAAAUGAUUUGUCCAAUUUUCUAGUCUUUUUUGCAUUUUUUCGAAUGCCCUAAAUUCUAGUUUUUUACUUUAAAAAAACUAGAAAAUGAGACAAUUGAGGUCCUGAAAAUUUUUUUUCUCUAUCAAAAAUUUUGACUAGAAAAUUGGACAAAUGAGGUCCUAAAAAAAUUUUUUUUUCCUAUAAAAAAAAACUAGAAAAAUGGACAAAUGAUAAAAGACUAGAAAAUUGGACAAAUGAGGGGGGGUCCUUAAUUCUGGAUAUUAUAUUGAAUGCGUAGCAGAGGCAACUACUUUUGUUCUAAAAGUGAUUUUGCAAAACUCUAACGAUUCUGGCGAGACUAAAGUAACAGCUUAUAGCGAUCCAUAUACUUCUGCUUGACAAACAGUGUCAUUUCAGCUUGAGCAAGCAUCUUGCAAUCAAGUAAAUUUAAAAAUAUAUAUAAACUCAAACCCAGUUGUGACUACUUUUUAUAAUUAUGAAGCAAAUUUUCCAGUAGACCAAACUGAUAAAAAUAUAUGAAAAAUUGGAAAGCUAGUUGGAGGAGAUGCUCCAGAUUCUUUUAAAGGGUUUUUAUAUUGGAUGGAAGCGAGAAACGAUUUAACUAUUAAUUAUGCUACAAUGACAGCUAAAUUAGAAUGCAAAAAUAAGCAGUAUUGGGAUGGAACUUCUUGUCAAAAUUGUAGUUCAGCUUGUCCUAGCUGGCCUUGAUGUAUAAGAGGUGACAGCUGCAGCACUUGCAAUACGGUAAGUUGUGGAUCUUGCACCGGAUAUUCUGCAUCUAUGUGCACAUCAUGCACCACAGGAUCUUUGCCAUAUUGUUGUGAUAUGCUAGCCAGUGCUUGCACUUCUACUUGGCAAAGCACUUCAUGCACUAAUGGUAUAAGUCCUAUUAACGGGAUUUGCCUAUAUGGAUGUCCUUAUGGCUUUGGAAAUUGCUCUCCUGUAUCUACUCCUGUAAUUACGAUAGAUUUUACUGAUGAUUUUGCAGGAAUUUAUGAUAACGUUUUUGUUACUGGAUCUGAUCCUUUAAGCUAUAAUUUUUGAAAUUCUCCAGAAAUCUUCGAUCCAUUUCCAGCAAAAUGGAGAGGACUUUAUUUUAUUGGGUUCACUUAUCUAAAAGGGCAAAUUGAUCUAUCACCUACUUUAAGUUUUGGCGCAUGAGUUUACUUAAUUAGUGGAAGCUGAAUAGGGCAUAGCUAUAGCAAUUUUCUACUGAAUUCAAAUGGUUUUUUUCAGACUUAUAUGCAAAAAUAUGAUGGAUCAAUCCAGCUGUUAACAUCUUCUAUGGCAACACCUUUAUGGCAAUGAAGUUAUAUUUCUUAUUCUUUUGGAUUUUCAAAUGGAGUGUCUACAGUUACUCCAUAUCUAAAUAAUGCUCAUGCUGCAGCCAGUUCUACAAGCGAUCAUAUUUUUAGACCAUUUUCUGGAGGCUAUUUAUAUCUUGGAACAGGAGAUUUUAAUGGUUUUAUAAGUUAUUUUCAACUAUGAGGGGUCACUAUAACUGAUUUCACAAAUGCUCUAACUUGCCCCUUUGAAGUAAAAUCAUUAGAGAGAGAGAGCUUUAUUACUUAAAGGCCUUUAUUUCAGGGCCAAGUCCCGAUUAAAAUUUUUUUAAACUUUCUUCUUUUCCUAAAAUAAAAUUUUAGUAAAAUUUUUUGAACCCAUGUAAUCUGUGAUUUUUCUGAUUUCUGAGUCUGAUCUGAAUUUUCUGCUUUCCAUAAUUCUUAAUUCUGAUUUGAAUCUCAAUUUUCUGUUAAUAUUUGAAUCUGGUCUGCAUUUUAUUUUUCUGGUAAGCUUUGAGUCUGAUCUCAAUUUUGUAUUUCUGAUAAGAUUUGAAUCUGAUUUCAAUUUUAAUUUUCUGAUAAAUUUCGAUCUCCUAAGUUUAUCCUUAUACUCUUCUUCAAAAUCUUCUUUAAGCUUGUCUUUGUACUCAUUUUCAAGAUCUUCUUUAUCUAGAUCAUCAUCUUUCAAUUUUUGGGUCAAAUUCUUUUGUGGAGCUAAUUCAGUAAUUUCAAAAUUGGUGCAAUCAAGAACUUGAAUCACUUCAUCACAGUCCAAAAUCACACCCUCCAUCCUAUUUAUUGUUUCAAGUAUUUUAUCUUCUAUUGUAAAUGAAAUUUCUUCGAUUUCUCCAACUUUUUCAUCUCAGUCCUUAUCGCCAAUAAAAUUUUCUGAGUCACUAUCGUCAAAUAGUAACUCAAGUUCUUCAAGUAGAUCAUCAUCAUACCGAUGAGAUCUUAAAAAUAUUUCGAAAAAUUCCUCAUAUGAAGCCCUGUUUCCUUCAAAGAAAGGAGAAAAGGAAUCCUCACUGUCAGAACCUUCCAUUUAAAAAAAAAGUAAAAAUCAUUAGAAGAAAUUAAUAUUUUUGGGAAAAUUAGAGCAAACAAUUUUUUUUAAAAUAAAUUUAUAUUUUAAUACUUUAUUAAUAAUUGUUAUAAUGAAAUCUAUAGCUAAUCUUAAUAGACAGCUUGCAACCUUAACAUUAAAUUUUAUUAAUUCGAUUUUCCUUUCAAAUGCUUGAAUUUAUAUUUUUAGAAUCCGAAAAAACCCUUUUAUAUGUAUUUUAAAAAAACUCCUUCCUUCAAAAGUUAGUAAAAUUAUAUCUACUCCUCUUAAAAGGGAGUAAAUUAUUAUAAUUGCAAUAUAGGAACAGAUGUUGAGUGUUUAUGAAAUUGCGAUUAUGAUUAUUAUUUUGAUGGGGCAUCUUGCGAGCAAUGCUUGAUAUCUUGUCAAAAUGGAUGCGUAAGAGCAAAUUCAUGCAAUAUCUGUGAAACUGAUAAAUGCCAGAAAUGCUCAUCAUUUUCAUCUAAUUCUUGCACUUUGUGUAUACCGCAUGCAUCAAACAGCACAUGCGAUUGUGAUAGUGGGUUUUUUCAACCUUCUGGGCAAGCUUUAUGCUCCCAGUGCUAUAAUUUGUGCGUAGAUUGUAGUGGAGGAUUUUAUACGCAAUGCACCUCUUGCAUAUCUGGCUACUUUAUGCUUCAAAAUAUAUGCUCUCUCUUUUGUCCAACUGGAUAUAUUUUGAAUAAUAAUAUUUGCGAGAUAGAUAUGAACUAUAGUGGCUUCGUUUUUAAUUUAAAGCCACAUCAAAUAAAAAACAUUGUAAAUGAUUUACAAAAUAAUAUCCCUGUUCUUACCGGAAAAGAUAAUACAUUUUACCCAAAUUGGUUGUAUGUUUAUAUUUUUUUGGAAGAGAUUUUUGGUCAAAAAUUUUUCCUUGGAAUUUUAGCAUGUUUCAUUACAAAUGUCUUAUGAGGAAAAGUUUCGACCAAAAUACCCUAAGCCAGCAUGAGUUAAAUGUUUUGAUCAAUAGACAAUUACCGACCCAAACUAUGGAAUAACUGACCCUUAUGCAGCUAUAUAUAGAGGUUAUUAUUUCACUGGAACUUCUUAUAUGCAGCUUCCUCCUUAUUUAAGCACUCCAUCUCCUUUACUUACUUUUUCUCCUCAAUUUGCAAUUGCAACCUGAAUAAAGCCAAUAUCUGGAACAGGGGUUAUUUUUUGCAAGCAAACUGAUAAUGGAGCAUUUACUAAAUAUGUAAGUUUUGAACUAAUUAAUAAAUACCCAUCACUCACUUUAACUCUCAAAGAUUCCUCAACUGUUACUUAUAUAGGCACUAAUGCAUCAUUGCAAGUUACUCUUGCACAGUGAGUAUUUAUUUCUGCUACUUCUGGAAUAAGUUCUACUCCCGAGCAAACAAUUAGCUUUACAAUGAACUCUUUUAGCGAUAUUUCAAGCGAUUUAGGUGAUAGCUGAUUGGAAGACUUAGAAAGCUCAUUUUUUAUAUCGAUUGGAGCACGUCACCUUGACUCAACACAUUUUAGCUCAUUUUUCAAUGGUUUUCUAUGAGAUAUGAAAAUAUAUAGAGGUUUCCUCUAUAUAGCGCUGAAAGCGCAGACAUUUUCCCAGGAGCUUUCCAAGUUCGUCGGACCAAAUCGCUUUUUGGUCCGACCAAGGCAUUGAUUUGGUGCAACCGACCGAUAAAUUCCGAUCAGAAUUUAUCGGCCUUACAGCGCCAAACAUAGGAAACUUCUAUAUAACACAUUAGCUAUCCCAAUCUUGACUGAAGGAUCUUGCAAUGGAUGCUCAUUAUGUCCUAAUGACAAUUCCAAUAUUUGCUUACUCCCCCUCUCGUAAGCUAGCAAAAUAUUGGAAAAAUCCUUAUUUUUUGCUAAAAAACCCACCUGAGCGAACAAAAUUUUUUAAAGAAAAAUUAUUGUGAUAUAUAAGUGAUAAUUAUUUUCUAAAAUAUUUACCUAAUUCUGUUUAAUUUUUAACAUCUUGCAUUUAAAAUUUAAUAUUUUUGCUUUAAAAUUAUUUUGAAUAUGAAUUUUUAAAUUUCGAAAUGUAAUUUUUAAAAAAAAAUUAACCCCCUCCAUCAGCGAACAAAAUUUUUUUAUUCGCUCACAGAGGGGGGGAGAGUUAGAUAAUUGUCUGAUAGGAAGUUUUUGAAAUGGUAAUAGUUGUGCUUCUUGCUUAUCAGGAUGCUCAAACUCUGGCUGCGUAAGAAAGGACAAGAGCUGCAAUCAUUGCCAAGAUGUUGUUUGCGAACUAUGUGAUGAUUAUACAAGCACAUGCAUUACCUGCAAAUCAAAUGCAAGUUUAAUUGGCUCAAGCUGCCAGUGCAAUGUUGGUUUUUACUGGAAUAUUGAUAAUGAAAGCUGUGAUGCGUGCGAUGCUUCUUGCAAAUCCUGCACAUCAUCGAAAUAUUUAGAUUGCUUAGCUUGUGCUAAUGGAUUAUAUCUGGUUUCAGGAAUUUGUUUGGCGAGUUGUCCACAAGGAUAUUCUCGAUCAGGAACUAAAUGCGUGCAGACUCAAGAAAAGAUUUUUGACUUAGACUUAAACACAUUAGAAGGAGUAAUUUAUGAUAAAGCAAACUCAAUUCCAGUUAUAACCGGCUCAACUAAACAAUUCUACCCGAAUUAUGAAAAUGAUGACCCCAUCCCAGCCUAUUUAAGAGGAUUUUACUUUAAUGGCUGAUCUUCAAUUUUAAGACUACCUGAAUACUCAAGCUAUAUAUCUCCAAAGCUUGUAAUUGCACCUAUUUUUACAAUUUCUAUAUGAUUAAAUACUGAAACUUCAUUCUCUACAAUUAUUUCAAAAAAUGACAUCUCCAAUAAUUUAUCAACACUAUGAGCGGUAUAUUUAAUGAAUAGUAAGCCAGCGCUAUCUAUCAUUAUUAGCUCAUCUGCAAUUGCUUAUACAUGUCAGACUGCACUUAAAAAUAAUGAAUGAAAUCACGUGUCAUUUACUUUAGAAAUAACUACAGAUGGGAAUAGCAUGGCUUCUUGCUAUAUAAAAGGUAAUUUUGAUUCAUCUGCGAUAGUCAAUUAUGGAUAUUUUCAAGAUAGAAGCUCUAACUACUCUCCUUAUGUGAACGAGCAAAACUAUUGGAAAACUCUUUUUGGCAAAAGAAUUUACCUCCUUGUCAAGCAAAAAAAUUAUAUAUAUAUGUGAUAUAAAUUUUAAUGAAAUCUCUGUUAAUUCUGUUGAUUUUUAAAGAGCUUGCAUUUUAAAACAUAACUUCACAAUUAAAAUAAUCUACUUUCUUAAUGAGUUUUUUUUUAAUUUUUGAAAAAAAAUCUGUUCACUCAUGGAAGAGAAUUUAACACUGCAAUGACAAUUGGAGCUCAAAUCUCAUCAGAUUCAUUAUAUAAUUUUCACCAAGGAUUUAUUUAUAUAAUUCAAAUAUUUAAUGGAGUCAAGCCUAUAUCAAAAUUAUCAACUACAGCCUGCACUGAAAGCUGUGGGGUUUGUCCUACAAAUCAAAUAUGUAUUCCUAAUUGCAAAAUAAAUGAGUAUUGGAGCGGCCCAAGCUAUAAUUCAUGCUAUCAGUGUAAUAUAAAGUGUAAGAAAAGCUGUAGGAAUUGAAGAUCAACUUGCUCUCUAUGUGAUAAUUUAUUAUGUGAAAUUUGUACAAAUUACUCAGAAACAGGGUGUGAAACUUGUAAAAUAAAUGCAAUCAACCCUGAUUCAUGUAUAUGCGAUAUAACCCAAGCCUAGUUAUGGCUUGGAGUGUGUUGACGACUCCCGACAUCACUCAGGAGUAUAAAAACCUACAUUUGUUGAUAAGAAUUCACUGGGAUGACAUUCUGGUAUAAGUGGAUUUACCAAAUUUUGGUUUGUAACUCCUUUGGUGACGUCAGGAGUCGCCAGCACACACUCCAAGCUAUAACAAUGCUCGGGCUAUACAAAUUUUGUAUUGGAUGGUUCUACUAAUAGCACUUGCGUACAAAUUCAAUCUGGUGGAUACAAAGGUCCUGAUGGAAAGUUUUAUUCAUGUCCAAACUUAUGUAUUUCGUGUGAAUCUCAAAUUAAAUGUACAGCUUGCGUAGAUAAUGCAAGCCUAUAUAAUGACUUAUGCUAUUGUAAUAUUGGCUAUAACGGUAUAAGCAAUUGCACUUUAGUUUCUUUUUGAGCAAAGCUUACAGUUUUAAGCGACAAUUCUUUAUAUCUAUCUUUUUCUGAUACUCUAGCAAAUAAUCUCACAGCCUCUGACUUUAUCAUAACAAUUAAAAAGUAUGAUGUUUCAUGAAAAAUUGAGCAGGUGAAUGAUACAAGCUAUUAUAUUACAUUAGAUUUAGAAGAAAUAAUCCCUAAAGGUACAUCAGCUACUCUUGAAUUUUUGAACUUGGCUGAGUUAAGAUCCGUUUCGAAUGGAAUUUUAAACACGUCUGAAAUUUCAGUUUCUCUUAAUUAUUAUGAUCCAGCACCUUAUUCAUCAACUAUAGAAGGAAUUAGAUCUCAAACGACAACUGGAACUCUAGCAAUUGUUUCAACAGCAGCUGCCUUAUCAAUUAUGAGUCUAAGUCCAAGCUCUUUGUGGAGCAUGAUGAAUACCUUGCAGAUUCUCAGCUACUUAACUUUGUCUGGUAUUCCGAUCUCUAGUAAAAUGAGUGCAUUUUUAAAUGAUCUGAAUUCGUUUAGUCUAUUUCCAAAUGCUUUUUCUUAUUUUAUAAAAGAAAAGGAAGGGACAAUUCCAUAUUCUCAAGCGAAAAGCUUUGGAUUUGAUACUGAUCUGAUCCUAUUAAAUCAAGGAGAUGAUUUUACACUUAUUCUGGCCUCCAUAUUUGCAUUUCCUGCAGUUUUUCUAUUUUCUAGAUGCUCAUAUAGGUGGCUCGGUAAAAAAUUUAAAAAAUCAAUGAGAGCUUAUAAAUACUCUUUUUAUCUAAGGUUUUGAAUACAAUGCUAUCUUGAAUUAGGAGCAGCAGCUAGUAUAGGAAUUUCCACAUUCAGUAAUCAUAAUUUUACUCAAUGCAUAAAUAUUAUUUUAUGCACAUUUGUGUUUUUACUAUUGGUUUUCACCCCACCUCUCUAUUAUUUGUUUUCUUACAAAAAUAAAAAUCGUAUUCAAUCACGUGAAAAAUCUUUAUUUGCCUUAUUUAGCACUUUUUAUUACGAAUUUCGAAGCGACAAAGGCUUGCUCGGAACACAAUUUUAUUUUGUAUUUUUUUCAAGGAGAUUUAUUUAUAUUGUAAGCUUGGUUUUCUUGAGAAAUUAUCCAGAAUCAGAAGUCACCAUUAAUAUUGUUCUUUCUUUAGUAACAGUCCUUCAUUUAAUUUUCUAUUGACCAUUUGAAGACCUUAUAUUACAAAUCAACAAUUUAUUGACAGAAAUACUUGUUUUAAUUGUAAUGUGUGCAACGUCUGUAUAUUUAUUUAAUUUAGAGCAAGAUAUUGUGACAGGGGUAGAGAAUGCUAUUAUUCUAAGUGUCUUUUUGGCAAUAAUUGUCCAAUUUGUAUCAUCAGUAGCAAUAUUUUCAAGGUAUUUAUAUCAAGUGAUUUACUAUAAACUUAAAAAAUCAGGAAUUAUAAAAAAGAUUGCUUAA